AUGGCCGCCCCCAACGGUGGGAGAAGAGGAGAGAGGGAGAGAGGGAGAGAGCGAGAAACGGAGAGGAGAGAGGGCUGGACCGCGGCACUUGGGCUCUGGUCGCUGGCUGCAAAGGAAUUCGAGGAGAUGGGGAUUAAGGAAUGUGGUCACGAUGAGGUUAUCUGGCUGAUAAGAAUGAGGACGAAGGAAAGAGAGCGGGAGAGAGGAAUGGAGAAGAAUCUCAGCUCCCGUCGUGUUGCAUUAGGGAGAUUUCUCCUCGUCCUGGUAGAAAACUCGACGACGCCUACGACGCUGGCUCUUUCUUCUUCACCCAACUCCAGGCAGGGAUCGCGAAGGGGGCUUGCGAUCCACUAUCGAAUUAAUUUAGUAUCAUUUAAUCAUUUAAUUCCUCGGAAGGGCCACGCAGCAGUGGAUCUUUACACGGUUAACUUUGCGUCGCCAGACAAGAAUAGUACCUCCUCCGUCGCCCAGACGCCCGUCAAUUCGCGAGUUCGUGGAAUUGCGCCCCAUCAUUCUUCAUUCCUCUAUCGUGGGCCUGGCAGAAAUUCCGUGCCUAACGGUUUGCCAGCGAGGAUUGACGGUUGA